AUGAUCAUGGUUGAUCACGUCGAGGGUCAAGGGGAUCACACACAAUCGGCGAUCGGGCAACGCCGCCAAGGGGAGGGAGGACUCAAAAGAGCUCUGACUCAGAAGCUGCAACUAGAACUGAUGGACCAAGCCAUUGAGGUGCUGAACAUGGACAAACGUGGAAGCUGA